GUAACGCGUGGUUGCAUCUUUUACACAAACUUCAUAUGCUGCUUUCAAACGGACAGCAUGUUAUGUACAGAUGUAAGCUAUUUAACACAACCGCCAGCCAAAGUCUAUCCAUCGCGAAAUUGCAAAUAACCAGUCCUGCUAUACCAAGGGAGAGGAGAUGGAUAAAGGAGAGGGUAAGAGGGAAACAGUGUGUGUAACUGGAGCGGCAGGAUUCAUCGGAUCCCGCCUUGUCAAAAAUCUGCUGCAAAAGGGUUAUGGAGUUCACGCUACACUAAGAGAUCCUGAAAACCCAGCUAAAAAUAGUCAUCUGCUAUCCCUUCCGGGAGCCAAAGAAAGGCUCCAUCUGUUCAAAGCAGAUCUCUUGCAACAUGGCAGCUUUGAUUCAGCUGUUGAAGGCUGUGAUUUCGUCAUCAACAUGGCUACUUCUACGGAUUUCCAGGGCGAUAUUGUUCAGCCUACGGUUGAUGGAACGAUGAACAUUCUAAGAUCUUGCAAGAAAGCAAAAACUGUGAAGCGAGUAAUCCAUACAUCUUCCAUCGCCGCAGCUUGCCCUCUAAAUGAAGACGGACAGCUUAAGGAGAUUCUUGAUGAAUCCUGCUGGACUCCUGUUGAUUAUAUCAAAGGCAGAGACGUCGUUUAUGGAAUGUAUUCAGUAUCCAAGACUUUGGCGGAGCAAGCUGCUCUGCGAUUCGGAGCAGAGGAAGAGAUUGAAGUGGUAACAGUGUUGGUAGGGAUGGUGGGAGGUCCUUGGCUAACACCCACAGUUCCCGGAAGCGUUUCAUCAAUAUUAGCCUCUCUCACAGAAAACAGACUACUUUACGAAGUCACAUGUUCGAGUAAAGAUUUGUUUGGAUCGGUGCCAUUGGUCCACGUGGAAGAUGUAUGCAGUGCCCAUAUUUAUUUGAUGGAACAUCCAUCCGCAGCAGGUCGAUAUGUGUGCUGUUCCGAUCCCGUGACCGUUGCUGACAUGCUCAACUUCUUUCGCAAACGAUAUCCAGAAAUCCCCCUGGCUUUUGGGAAUAAAGAGGAAGAAGAUGAGUGGAAGAAAGUACUAGUACCAAUUUCUUCCAAGAAAUUGAGUGAUGUGGGCUAUUCGUACAAGUAUCAUCUGGAGGAAAUACUUAGUGACAGCAUCGAAUGUGCAAAGCAAAUGAAAAUCUUGUGAGGGAUGUACUACUUAUAUAUAUAUCCUUUCCUCUUGUCAUGCGAAUAACAGAGGUCUAGUCACUAAGAUAAGCUCGCUCUUCAUUACAGAAAUGCAUUCUCUUUUAGGUGCAUCUUAUAGAAUGAUGCAAACUGAAAUAUUUAUUUGUAAAACAACUAUAUUUGUUAAAGAACUGUCAAGACUCUUUUUU